AUGAAUAUCAUCAUGAAUUCAAUUUCAAGAGCUUCUGCUCAUUAUAGUUUUGGUAUGAAAAUGCCAUUACGAAAUUUUCACGUAACAAAAGUGCAAUGCUUAUACUCCCCAUCAGCUCUGGGGAUUGAUGGAUACCUCCAGACGAGGAAGAAGAUAAAAGAACAAUUUGCCCAAUUCACUGACACAUUUAGAGCCAAAAUGAAUGACUUUGUACAUGAUUCAAAACAUAUGAUUUUUACAGAAGAUCUUAAGAAUAUGGUCCACAUGGCUGAGCCCACAGACUUAAAUUUAGUACUUGAUAUGGUUAAGAAAUUUAAUACACAAAAAUCUGAGUUUAGAUUUGGAUCAUUUGUGUUUGGACCUGUUGUGAUGAGGAUGUUCUAUUUUCUAGAUGCUCCCACUGAAGCUUUAAAGUGUUUUGAAAACCCAGAUAAUGCCGGCUUCUUUGAUCAAUUAAUCAGUUACCAGAUAUUAUUGGAUCUUCUCUACAAUCAUGAGAUGUAUGAUGAAAUGUACAAGAUAUUUGAGAAAGUACAGGAACGCCAGUUGAAUAUGACUAAAUAUCCAAAGUAUCCAGUUGUUUUAAUACUUGCUGCUUGUUAUAAACAGAAUACACCAGAAAGCUACGAAUAUGCAAAGAAAUUAUGGAAAGACAUGUCUGCUUUAGGGACCUCGCCACUUCGUAGAAGUUGUACAUUCAUGAGCGCGAUGGCUUUAAGGAAUAAUGAACCACACAUAGCUCUAGAGUGCAUAUCAUUACAAACACCGCAUUACGUCACAAUUAGGAAUAUUAAAGUCAUAGCUUUAUGCCAAGUGGGUAGGAUUGACGAUGCGUUGCCAAUUCUAAGAGGUGUUUUGGAUGUAGACUCUCCGAGUAGAUUAGACAAACACACGUUCUUUUCAGAGACGAUUAAAGCAGCACAGGAAGCGGUAAAACAAAAGAAUGACAAAGAUCUUGAAAACUCGUUUCAAAACAUCGAAAAGGCUUUGCGGGAACGCGACCUUAUAGAUGAUCAGACUUUAGACAAGUUGGUGACGAGCGAGAUUAUCAUAUCUGUGAAGAAACACGACAAACCUCGUGGUAUGCCUAAAAUGCCGUUUGGUCAGAGGCAAAGGAAUUUGAGCUAA